AUAUCUCGUCAUGUCAUAUUCGGUGGUGUGCGUGUGAUCUAUUCAAUCCGUAAUAAUAUUAUUAAUUUAAUUGCAAAUUAAUAAUAUAGUGCAGUAUGUAGCAUCUGUUUUGACUAUAAAUGGUUUUCUUAAUUCUGCAGAUAGUGUUGAUACAAUGAUAGACCAUUGUAGCAACUGCAAAUUUUAUGAGGUUUAACUUGUUUACCCGUGGAUUUCUAUACGCUCGACGAAAAUUGCCGAAGAUGGCUUUUACGGAAUCCCCAGCAAAAGCUUCGCUGUGCUGUGAAGAAAAUGGUGAAGGAGCUCCGCCGACAUACGCUAUGUAUGAAGCUUUAAAGGAUUCAUGCCAAAAUAACGCCAAGUAUUUCCAGCCUGAUGAUAGUGAAAAUGGCCAGAGACUCUACCAAGGGUUCAUGACUUUAAUUGAUCAUAUAGACACUGUCUGGCCUUUAGUAGAUCAUGUGAGGAGGGUGGCACCACAAUAUGAUUUUGAUGAGAAGUCACCAGGUAAUGGUUACCGCAGCUUUGUAUCAGUGGUCGACUCCUGUGUUUUACAUGGCUUGAAACUAAGCCGGCAAGUUUGCACAGGCAGGGAUGCCCUUCUCUUUCGAAAAGGUUAUUUUGUGAAGGAAAUAGAGUCAUGCGGACAAUUGCUGGCCUCCCUAGGCACAUGUCUGCACCACCUCCACACUCUGUUAUCGUGGUCGCCGCCCGGGGACCUGUUUCCAACUGAACCACACUCUCCUGAAGAACUGUUUGCUCAAGCCGACACCAUCAAUCAGUAUUGUUUCUACGGCAGAUGUCUGGGAUUUCAGUUCCUCCCAUCGAUGCGGGGUAUACUGAAAGGCAUAUCGAUAUGCAUGGCGGGGUUCUCCGAAGCGUACUACAGCCACGGGAACCUGAUCAGCUCGGUGUGGACCGGCGGGCAGUACCUCAUAGACCCGGAGAUGAGGGCGAGAAGGAUCGUGAACAUAUCUCAGUCCGCCAGUGUGGAGUUCUGCAAGGCUUUCUGGUUUCUCGCUGAGAGUGAAAUAAUGAAACGUGUUCCGAGCCUGAUGUCAUCUACAGUGGCCGUCAACAAACUGAUCACGAUUCCGCCUGAGCCUAUUACUGUGCUGACGACAGACGGAAAGGAAUCCACCGUCUUGCCGCCCACUGUACAUCUUGGCUUACAAGGGCUCAAUGUGCGGCUCAUCAGUGUUAAUAAGAGAAUGGGGAUGGCUGGCGAAGGCCCGUCCACCUUGCCGCCGUCCGACGGCAUCAUAUUUCACUGCCACGGCGGGGGUUUCGUCGCCCAAAGCUCUAAAUCUCACGAGACAUACUUAAGAGAAUGGGCUGCCAAGUUAAAUGUGCCCAUAUUGUCUAUAGACUACAGUUUAGCCCCACAAGCACCCUUCCCUAGGGCAUUGGAGGAGGUUUACUACGCGUACUGCUGGAUGAUCAAUAAUUUUAAGGAGAUCGGAACUACGGGUAAAAGAAUAGUUUUCGCCGGAGAUUCUGCAGGUGCGAAUCUCAUAGCAGGCUGCACGCUAAAGAUCCUAUCAUCUGGUCUGCGAACUCCUGAUGGUUUAUUCAUGGCGUAUGCCCCACUGUUGGUCAGCUUUAUACCGAGCCCAGCGAGGCUUCUGUGUCUAAUGGACCCGCUGCUGCCUUUUGGGUUCAUGAUGAGGUGUCUUAAAGCGUACGCCAGCCCCGGCGCCGCGGGCGCGGGCAGGGAGCAGAAGCGAGAGGGCGCCGCGCUGUCGGGGAGCACCACGCCGCUCGACAGCAAUGGAUUCCUCAAAGUUAGCCCCACACAAGAGGGAGCCAGCGAAGGUCCGUCAUCAUUCGAAGAGGUGUCUCCUUCAGACUUGGCAGAGUUGCAUGCUCACAAGUCUGGAAGUGAACGAAGGAAGUCCUCAGACACGACCAUCAGCGCAGCCUCGCUACAGAGCGAACACACCGCAACAGGCGUGACCCCCUCAGAGGACAGAUCCCAACAGUACGUGUCGGAGUUCCUGGAGCGUUACGUGCUGGACAGCGACACCGACUCCGAGGGCCGCAGGAUCCCCGUCAUAAAGCCGAACAAGCACGCGUGCUGCAGGAAGGAACAAUCUCAAAGGGAGGCAGAAUCUGAGAACUCGAGUACCUUAGUUGGCGAACCACCUUUGGUGGAAGAAAUCGACAGUAGAGAUAGCAAGAAACGAAUAAAAACUAGAAUAAGUGAAGCGGCUACGGGUUUAAUGGGCGCGAUGUCGUCCAGGCUGGCUUACAUCACGGGUUCGAAUACUAUCACGAGGCCGACGCAAGAAGACCUAGCAGUGCGGUCUAACCUGGACGCGCUAAUAGCUCGGAGUCCCUCCGACGAGUUCAUAUUCUCCGUGCCCCGCGACCCGCUGCUGUCCCCGUACUGGGCCGACGACCAGUUGCUCAACAAGUUCCCUCCUGUCAGGAUACUGACCGUACAUUUAGACCCAUGCCUCGACGACUGUGUGAUGUUCGCCAAGAAACUAAAGCGUCUCGGAAACGUGAUUGGUAUCGACGUAUUAGAAGGCCUUCCGCACGGAUUCCUCAAUUUCUCAUUGAUGGCGAGAGAAGCGAACGAAGGAUCGAAGCUAUGCGUGGAGCGCAUAAAACAACUACUCGACUUAGAAAACGGGCCAGUCGCCGCAGAGAACAAUCAUUUAUGAAUGUGCGGCCUUUGCUGCCAAACGUAGGUACAUAAACGCAGUGACACCCACACUAUGGGUACUAGGUGAACAAAAUUGCCGGGCUUAUAUCGGCAAGUUGUAGAUUUUGAAGGUUGCGGUCAUAAUUCAGUCCUUAUUGGUAGGUAGCAAUGGUGAAAAAAUGUUUUUAUAUUCCGAGAUGGAAUACGAUUUUU